ACCGGAAGUUUUGAAACAGUGCCGCUUGUGUAACACGCGCGUAGUAGAAAGACGGAUGGAGAUUCCUGAUCACACAAGCAAGCUAUCAAGUGUGUCAGAAGAUGAGUUCUCAACAGUAUCCACGACCGGGAAUACCUCCUGGUAUGGGACUAAACCAGACUCCUGGAGGAAACACUGCAUUGCUGUCUGGUGGUCAACCAAACACGGCAGGAGGGGCAGACGAUAGCAACCGUGACCCUCACCCAGACCACGGUCCUCGUGACCACCCCAGCAGUGGUGGUGGAGCAUCGACCUUCAGGGACGACAAGCAGGAGACAGUGGUGGUCCGGCCUUACCCCCAAGCCCAGGUCCAUGGACCCCCCCAGGGUCACCCCACUCCAGCAGGUCACCUGUCCCUCCAGCAGGGCAUGCCUGUCACCGUGUCAGCCCCACCCCCACACAUCCCCCAGGGCCUGCCUCUGRCCUUCACUGAAGGACCCAUGAAGCCAGCUCUGAAGUCGCCCAUGGCCGGUCGAGUGAUCGCCCCAGCACCAGCCAACACCCAGGGCCACAUCACCCUGCCACCUAAGGUGCCAAGCCACGUCACUGCAACCAUGGAGAGCACCGUGCCUCAGACCGCCGGCAUCCCUGUAGCAACUAUCAGUGGCCAACAGGGCAACCCCAGUAACCUGCACCAUCACCUGAUGACGACCAACGUGCAGAUCAUCCGCAGCCAUGCCCCGCCCCUGCAGCUCGGCUCCCCUGGAGCCCCCCAGCACACCUUCACCUCCCAUCUACCCAGAGGAGCUGCUGCAGCUGCUGUGAUGUCCAGUUCCAAAGGACCCACAGUACUGAGACCUGCUACAGGCCCCGGUGGUGGUACUGGCCCACCUACUGUCCAGCACAUCAUCCACCAGCCCAUCCAGUCCCGCCCUGUAGUCACAACGUCCACGGCUGUGAUGCCCACGGUGGUUGCCCCAUUAACGGCCACCAGGCCUCAGUCCCCAGUGGUUAGCUCAGCCACGCACUCCGCAGAGAUGGUUCAUGGGCGUCCAGGACUAAAUAUCCACCCCCCUUCAGCCACUCUGAGCAUACAGCGUCAACCCCCAUCUCGGGACAACCCCACACGCAUCACCCUGCCCUCCCACCCUGCCAUUGGGGGUCAGAAACCYCAGCUGCCCCACACCAUGGCACAGAAGCCCAUAUUCAGCAAUGUGACUCCUGUCGCUGCUGCAACUGUUGCCCCCAUAUUAUCCACCAAUACUGCUCCAUCGCCUAGCACUACAGGCUCCGGACCCCACCCCCAAAUGACCAACAGUAACAUCGUCACCAUGACGAUGACUUCUCAUUCCUCCCACGCCACAGCAGUCACCACGUCCAACAUCCCCGUGGCUAAGGUGGUUCCCCAGCCGAUAGCCCACACCUCGCCCAGGAUCCAGCCGGAGUACCCCGGAGAGAGGGGAAACCUGAUCCCCAUCUCUGGUCACCGCUCCUCCCCCAACCCCAUCACCAUGGAGGCCCGCAGUGACAACAGGCAACCGGUGCCAGUGCAGUUCCAGUACUUUCUGCCUACCUACCCUUCUUCACCGUUCCCCCUGACACACACCUACACCCCCAUCACCAGCUCUGUGUCCACCAUCCGACAGUACCCAGUAACCCCUCAGGCCCCCAGCGGCACGGCCAUGCAGACCCAGACGAGUGUGGGCGUGGCGUCGGCGGUGCACCUCAACCCCAUGCAGCUGAUGACGGUGGACCGCAUCGCUCAGAUCAACACGCAGAACAUCCAGCCCGCCGGCAUGGCCUCGCAGGGCAUCCAGCCAACCACCAUCAGCGCCCAGGGCUURCAUGCCGCCACCGGUCAGAUCACCGCACAAAACAUCCAACCGGCGCCCAUCAACCCACAACAGCCAGCCAAUGAGAACAAGACCUCAAUUGUGUUAGCAGACGGCACCACUCUGGUAACCAACCCUAUCGGCCAGACGUUCGGCAGCAGCCAGCCGCCCACCUCUGUGGGUCAGACACACCCCCAGAACACUGGGCCUGGUGCCCCCACCCUGGUGUCCUCUCCCCGACCUAGCAUCCUACGUAAGAAGCCUGCCAACGAGGGGUCUGCAGUGAGGAAGAACCUGAUCCCAGAGGCCAACAGCCCCAGGAUAGACGGAGGAAUCAGGCAUGCAUCAGGGUUUCCACGCCCAGCAGGUGUGAAACACAAGCCUGAUSUCCACGUGUCCCUGGCUCCCCCGGUGAUGUCAUCAUCCAUGGAGGCUCUGCCCAGCCAUCAGACCAAUGAACACCAGCAGCAUCCCGGAGCCCCGCCACACCAGCAACCCUCUCAGCCAAUCCAGACGCUCCUCUCAGUGUCAGCACCCCCACACUCACAGCCUGGCCCUGCCCUGUCCGCCAUCACUCCACCAAUMUUGUCUAUGGCCAACGUGGUUGUUCCGCCUACCCAUUCAGCGGCCAGUAGCACGGCGGCAUGUGGAAUAAGCUCCACCCUCCCUGAGAUCAAGAUAAAGCAGGAGGUGGAGGCAAUGGAUACCUCCAAACCAGGUCCCMCCACGCCCCAUGGUGGUGCCCCAUUGUUGUCCAUGAUGCCCAGUGGGGAUGUGACCCCCGGGGCCUCACCCAGGAAGAAGCCCCGCAAGCAGCAGCAUGUCAUCUCCACGGAAGAGAGCGAGAUGAUGGAGACCAACAGCACGGACGASGAGAAGGUCCUGGCCAGACCCCUCAGCAUGAGGGCCGAGAAACGCAAGUCGCCCCUCAAGGAGUACAUAGAUGAGGAAGGRGUGCGUUAUGUCCCCACCCGUGCUCGCCCCCCKGUCACCCUCCUCCGCCACUACAGGAACCCCUGGAAGGCUGCCUAUCACCACUUCCAGAGAUACAGUGACAUCCGGGUCAAAGAGGAGAAGAAGGGCACCCUGCAGGACGUAGCCAAUCAGAAAGGGGUGGUGUGCAGAGCGCAGGGCUGGAAGAUGCACCUGUGUGCUGCACAGCUCAUGCAGCUGACUAAUCUGGAGCAUGACGUGUACAGCCGCCUCACGACCCUCCAAGAGGGUCUGAUCCCAAAGAAGAAGGCCGGGUCGGAUGAUGACCUGCACCGUAUCAAUGAGCUCAUACAGGGUAACAUGCAGCGCUGUAAGCUGGUGAUGGACCAGAUCACUGAGGCUAGAGACACCAUGAUGAAGGUGCUGGACCACAAGGAGAAAGUCAUGAAGCUAAUCAACAAGAAUGGUGGAGCCAAGAAGGUCAACAAGCUGAAGCGCAAGGACAAAGCCUAGAACAGAGGUGGGACAACCAAGCCUAGGCUAACCCCUGUACUCUUCUCUUUUUGAGGACCGCACUAGUCUACACCCCUCACUGAUCUGACCAUGAUUUGACCAUGGACAACUGGCAGAUUGUGGCAGUAUGGUGUCUGGGGUUACUUGUUAGCUGUGCGCGACCGUCCAACCACUCUUGACCUAGAACUGUGACCUAGAACCGAGACCCAGGUGGUCGGCAGAAGGAACAGAUACAGUUCCACUAUGUCCAAGUGGGGAGCUUGUCAACGGACAGGAAUGUACAAGUAUUAAGACUGCUUCAGGAAGUUGGUAUGUCCUCAGUUGUUGAUUGGAUGGCGGGUAGAAUUAUUAUGAUUUGAUUGGUUGAACGAUGGCCUAGAGGCGAUGCACUAUGUUGAAUUAAUACCCUUGAACAUUGUG